CCAUAAAGCUGCACUCUCAAGUAUUUGUGUUUCUUUAGAAUUCUAUUGUUUACAUUUCAAAUUUUGUUUAGACUGAGUUGCCCUUUGUCAAUUACUUCUCGCAUUACUCUGUUAAGAAUAUUAUCUUUUCGCUCGUUCGUAACUGCGACAACUAAUCGCUGAAUCCUUCUCUUAUACGUUGGAAAGUUUACUUCUUGUCUGAUAUCUCAAUGGAGUUUGUUACUAGCCUAGUUGGCUCUAUUGUCACUAAAGCUGUAAAGUAUACGAUCUCUCCUAUCAAAAACCAUGUCAGAUACCUUUCCAAUCAUCAGCAAUAUGUUGAGACCCUCAAGGACCGAGCUGAGAGGUUGAAAGAUGCAAGGGACAGAGUGCAGCAUUCUGUUGAUGCAGCUAAACGAAACGGUGAAGAGACCGAAGCUGAUGCUGGCAAAUGGCUGUCUGCAGCCGACAAAAAGAUCCUUGAACAAGUAGAGAAAGUGAUGCAAGAUGAAGAAAAAGCAAAGAAAAAGUGUUUCAUUGGUUUGUGUCCUAAUUUCAGGACUCGUUACAAGCUUAGCCUGAAAGCUGAAGAGGAGGCAAAGGCUGUUGCCGAGCUACUAGAACAUGGCGAGUUUGAAAGGGUUUCCUAUCGGGCAGCUCCGCAAGGUAUCGUGGUUGCACCAGUUAAAGGCUAUGAGGAAUUCGAGUCAAGAACGUCGAUUUUGAACGGAAUAAUGGAGGUACUAAAAGAUGAUAGCGUCAGCAUUGUUGGGGUGCAUGGUACGGGUGGGAUUGGAAAAACAACGCUGAUCAAAGAAAUCGCUAGAAAGGUCAAGGACAAGUUGUUUGAUUCGGUUGUCAUAGCAACCGUAACUCAAGCCAUCGAUAUUGAGAAGAUUCAGAACCAAAUUGCAGACUUCUUGGGCUUGAAAUUUGAGGAGCAGAGUAUGGUUGGAAAGGCAUUUCGACUACGAGAAAGAUUGAAGAAAGAGGAGAGGAUUCUGGUUGUCUUGGAUGACAUUUGGGAAAAGGUUGAUAUUGAGGAAGUAGGGAUUCCUUUGGGAGAUGAACACAAGGGCUGCAAAUUACUACUAACUUCUAGAGAGUUCAAUGUUUUAUCAAAUGGGAUGGAUGCUCAGAAAAACUUUCACAUUGGGUUUUUAAAUGAAAAGGAAGCCUGGGACCUGUUCAAGAAGAAGGCUGGCGACUGUGAUGAAAGUUGUGAUUUGAAGCCUAUAGCUAUGGAGGUAGCCAAAAAAUGUGCAAGACUGCCGAUAGCCAUUGCGACAGUUGCAGGGGCUUUGAGAAACAAAAGAUUGUUUGAAUGGAAGAAUGCUUUACGAGAACUGGAGAGGCCUUCGUCAACCAACUUCACGGGGAUAGCUGCGGCAUAUUCAGCCAUAGAGUUGAGUUUUAAUUAUUUAGAAAGCGAGGAAGUUAAACUGACUUUCUUGCUUUGCAGUGUAAUAGGCCAUAAUGGUCUCGUUGAGGACUUGGUAAGAUAUACUCUAGGUUUGGGUUUAUUUGAUGGUGUCCACACUAUGGAAGAAGCUAGAAAUAAAGUAUUGACGGUUGUGGCUAAUCUCAAAGCGUCUGCCUUGUUGCUUGAUAGUUAUAAUGAUAAGCACUUUGAUAUCCAUGAUGUUGUUUGGGAUGCUGCUAUAGCUAUUGCAUUGAAGGACUACCGUAUGCUUGUUUUGAGAGAUCAUGCUCCAAAGGAGUGGUCCGAUAAGGAGAAAAUGAAGACGUGGUGUGUGAUCAGCUUACGUUGUCCUCAGAUUAUAGCUAACCUUCCUAAGGAGAUGGAGUGUUCAGGACUUUCCUUCUUCCAUAUGGCCUAUGAUGGCGCGGUUAAAAUUCCUCUCAAUUUCUUCAAACAAACCGUUGGCCUCAAAGCCUUAGAUUUGGUCGGAAUGCAGUUUCCAUCCCUCCCUGAAUCAAUUAUUCACCUUGCAGACCUUCGCAUGUUGUGUCUAAAAAAAUGUGCAGUUGAUGACAUAACCAUCCUUGGAGAGCUCAAGAGUUUACAAGUACUCAACCUUUCUCAGUCCGGUAUCAAAGAACUACCUAAGGAGAUGGCACAAUUGACUCAAUUAAGGUUGUUAGAUUUGCGUGGGUGUAGAGAACUCAAAAUCAUCCCACCGAAUGUCUUAUCAGGUUUGUCUAAAUUAGAAGAAUUAUAUAUGAGUGGGAGCUUUGUUGAAUGGGAAAAGGGAGGAGUAGUUGAAAAUGAGAGGAAAAAUGCAAGCCUUGAUGAAUUAAACAAUUUGCCUUGUCUAACUACUUUAUAUGUUGAUAUUCUUGAUGUCCAAAUGAUACCAAAAUACCGGUUUGUUGAAACAUUGGACAGAUUCAGGAUUUUCAUAGGUAAUUAUGGAAUAAAUGAUUGUUACCAUAAUUAUGAAAUAUCUCUGAAAGCAUUGAAGCUCAUGUUAUAUACAAACAUUGAUUUGGACAAUGGGAUGAAAAUGUUGUUGAUAAAGACAGAAGAUUUGUGCCUAGAGGGACUUGAAGGCGUCAAGAAUGUACUUGUGAAGUUAAAUAAUGGGAAAGAUCUUCCAAAUUUAAAGAGGCUUCAUGUCAAAAAUGGUAUGCAUGUCCAAUAUAUCAAAAUGAACAAAAUUGGAUUUUCUGAAUUAUGCUUCAUCACACUUGAAAAUCUACCGCAACUCGUUAGCUUUUGCUCUCCAGACGAAAGGUGUUCCACUAAGCCCUUACUACUUUUCAAUAAACAGACAUGUCAUUGGAUUACGAAUUUGAGGAGCUUGAUCAUCAAAGGAUGCGGCAAGUUGGAGCAUCUGUUAUCACCCUCUCUUGCUAGAAGUCUGGUGCAGCUCCAAUGCUUUGAGAUAGAGGAUUGCAAUUGCUUAAGGGACAUAAUACUUACAGAGGAAAUUGAAGAAGAAAGGAAAGAUGUGAUUUGUUUCCCUCGAUUAAACUCCCUGCAUAUAGAUGGUCUUCCAAACCUCAUCUUCUUCAACUCAGGAAACCACAAUAUUGAGUUCCCAUUGUUGAAAGUGCUAAAGAUUGAGCGUUGCCCCAAGUUAAUAGAAUUCAUUAGUCAGAAUAGUAAUCAGUCCGGCAUGCACGCUCUCUUCAGUGAGAAGGUUGCAGUUCCUAGCUUGGAAGACAUGAAUAUCUCUAACUUGAGUAAUGUGAAGAUGAUAUUUUAUAAUGACCUAGCACCAGGUUCCUUUAAAAAUCUACGAAAAAUAAAUGUUUGGGGAUGUGGGAGUUUGAAAAAUCUAUUUCCAGUAUAAAUAGCCAAAGAUCUUCCACAACUUGAACAUUUACGCAUCAUUCAUUGUGGAGUUGAGGAGAUUGUAUCGAAAGGGGAUGGAGUGGAGGAUUGCAAGUGCUUAAGGGACAUAAUACUUCCAGAUGAAAUUGAAGAAGAAAGGAAAGAUGUGAUUUGUUUCCCUCGAUUAAACUCCCUGCAUAUAGUGGGUCUUCCAAACCUCAUCUUCUUCAGCUCAGGAAACCACAAUAUUGAGUUCCCAUUGUUGAAAGUGCUACAGAUUGAGCGUUGCCCCAAGUUAAUAGAAUUCAUUAGUCAGAAUAGUAAUCAGUC